UUUAAAUAUAGACCCAGAAGUGGGAUUCCUGGGCCAUAUGGUAGCUCUAUUUUUAAUUUUUUGAGGAACCUCCCCACUGUUCUCUAUAGUAAUUGCCCAAUUUUUAAUUCCCACUGAAGUACGCGAGGGAUCCAGUUUCUCCACAUCCUCACCAACACUGUCUCCUGAAAAAAAUAGUAUGCGUCGUAGGAUAUUUUUUAACAUGUUAAAUACCUUGUUGGGAUUUUAGCAAAGAUCACAGUAUGAAAAAUUUGGGGAAGGAUUUCUAUGGCUCCCAUUUCUAAUACGAGGAAAUGUCAGCUUCUAGUUGUGUCACGUCUUGCCCAAGAGCUGCGACCGUUGACUUGUGGAGUUGGGAUGGCGUCCAAGUCAGUUGGUUGCCUGACCUUUAUUCUGCCUUGUCCCAUAGAUUUAGAAAGAGGUUGACACAUCGAGUAACUAGUUUAGGGUCAUCUGAUCCUAAGCCACAUUUAGGGUAAGUGACAUUUUUCAGAAACCAGCGUCCUCCCUCUUGUCUCACUAGUGGGAAGGGGGGAAGAACAGGACAGAGAGCUCUUCCUCUUGUGGGAGGCAGCUGCUGUGGAAACCCCACAGGCAGGAGGCCCCUGGCCAGCACAUCCUGUCAGCUUGUGUCUGCUGCAGACUUCUGUCCUUGUACUGGUGCGUCCCAGGCCAGGCCGGACUGCUGGGACCGGGGCCAUGUCUCCCCACCCCACCGCCCUCCUGGGCCUAGUGCUCUGCCUGGCCCAGACGAUCCACACGCAGGAGGGACCCCUGCCCAGACCCUCCAUCUCGGCUGAGCCAGGCACCGUGAUCCCCCUGGGGAGGCCUGUGACUAUCGUGUGCCGGGGCCCGGUUGGGGUUGACCCAUUCCGCCUGGAGAGGGAGGAUAGAUGCAAGUUCAAUGAUACUAAGGAUGUGUCUCAAGCUAGUCCAUCUGAGUCAGAGGCCAGAUUCCGCAUCGACUUACUAAGUGAAGGAAAUACCAGACGUUAUCGCUGCCUCUAUAGGAAGUCCACUGAAUGGUCUCAGCUCAGUGACUACCUGGACCUGGUGGUGAAAGAAACCUCUGGAGACACGGACUCCCCCGUCACAGAGCCCGACUCCUCAGCUGGACCCAUGCAGAGGCCAUCAGACAACAGUCACAAUGAGCAUGCACCUGCUUCCCAAGGCCUGAGUGCUGAGCAUCUUUAUAUUCUCAUCGGGGUCUCAGUCAUCUUCCUCUUUUGUCUCCUCCUUCUGGUCCUCUUUUUCCUCCAUCGCCAGAAUCAGAUGAAGCAGGGGCCCCCCAGAAGCAAGGACGAGGAGCAGAAGCUACAGCAGAGGUGA